CACAGAUCCGGGGGGAAGGGACAGCGAGGGCAUCGAAGAGACAGAUACACGGGGCAGAUGCCAGCGGCAAAGAGGCAAUCACUGACUACAGCGGUUCACUAAGGGGCUUUCUUCUCAGUCCCUAUGGCGGCCCGGCCGGUGGGCUCUGCCUCAUGGCGCGAUGCCUCAUAUCAGACAAUACGGCUGGCACAGAACCUGCAGCUGCUCCCCUUUAACGCCGACGCUCCAUCAAACACCGAAAAGAGGCUGAUGAGCCCUCAGAGCGUCUCCAAGAGCCUACAGAAAGAACGCGCGGCUCCUCCACCCUUCCACCGGGACCUGAUCUCUCAGAAGUGCGACUCCCUGGCGCUCUCCUACAUGAGACAGGCGCAGCAUUCCGUGUUCGGCCUGAGGAAGGCGCUUCUCGAGACCAACCGCCACAUCCAAAGGUUACAAAGGGUGAGGGACGCCGCGGAGAAAGCUCAUGGCAACGUCAGGAGAGACAUCAUCACCAACCAAGAAACCGCUCAGCUCCGGGCUGCGAGGCCAAAGAGCGAGAGGCGUCCCGAUGAUGCCGACGCUCUACUGCAGGAGGAGAAGCGCGCUCUUCAAGACCAGAAGAAGCAUUUGGAGCACCAACUGCACGAAGUCUCGAGACAGCUUAAGGUUCUAUACGAUCAUCGCCAGAAGCUCUCGGAGUUUUGCAAAGAGAAGAGUUCAGUCCUGGAGGUUGUCGGCGAGACUUCCAAACCACAUUCGCCAGGAGAAGAAACAGCAUGGAGUGGCCAACGUAUCUGGCAAGAUGACGCAGAUCUCCGGGCCGCCGUUCAGGACGCGCACCUCACCUGUCAGAGGCUGCGGAACGCGCAGUCACCACGUUGGCAGAAAUCAGCGGGGGGUCCGGACCUGAGGGCAAGUCUCACCGGCGCGCUUCGCAGGAAGGCCGAGGAGAGCGCCCGCAUUCGGGAUGACGUGACGCUCGCUUUGGGAGGUGUAAGGAAUUAUAUGCAGCGACAGCAGAGACUUCAAGAUGAGAUGGAAACCAGCUACCAACUUCAACUGGGUCCUGUGUGCAGCACGGAUGUCACCACGCGAGAAAGGCUCGAUCGUCCAUUGAUGAAAAUUCUUCAGAGGCACCCGGUGACCCAGCUCCCGGAGAGCACACUCAUUUCCAAAGGCUCGGCCUCCCUGCAGAGAUCUCUUGAAAGAACGCGUGAAAAUACCGGGGUCGUGCAGAGCGCCCGCCAGAGAUUAAAGGACGACGCGGGGAACAAAAUGUGGGGAGAGCGGCUGGACCGAGCGGCGGUCAGACUGAGAGAGAGGAGCGCCAAGAACCGGAGAGAGAGACUGCAUCUGUGAUUAGAGCGCAGAGCGUCGGCGAGAGACGCAAAACACGCAACCCUGACUGAGUAAUAAAGAAAGAAACGGAGCGAUAA